UUGGCUAUAGAUGAAGAACAAAGAAACUAUUAAGGAACAAUGAAGAUUAUUGUCGAUGCACCAGAUAGAGCGUAGUAAGUUCCUUUAGGCGGAUUAACAUUAUUACUUUUUAUGAGACAACCCUCACGCUUAGAGAUAACAAGAUGCCACUAUCACAGUCUGCCUAAGUGGGAGAAAUAGCUGCACUGAUGAUGGGCACUUGGAUAGUUACGAAACAACCCAAUGAUAAUUGAACAAUAGCUUUGGGUGGGAACAAUUGUUGAGUUCAUAGCGAAGAUGGCCUAGCACAAAAGCCAGCGAUUCCCGCUGCUUUUCUUCUUUCCCGUCCCAGCUCAAGGUAUACAGUAGGUACAAUACCCAGUAAGUUGACCGAUCAAGUAAGAAGUGAGCAUCACUGUAGCUCCGUCUAUCCACCACUCAACGGAUAGUAACUUACCUAGGUACCUAUACUAGGAAGACUUGACGGUCAUUUACACAUUUGAGAGCUCCAAGUAGGUUGCAACCCUUAAACAAACCUCGGAAACCCCCACUAAGGUCGCCUUCCGCAACUACACAAUGUGGUACAACUUUGACCGACCCAUGCCGAGCCCAGGCUCAAGUGGCGCGCAUACGCCCACUCUAUUACCGUUUGAGACGGAAGAUCCACUGAGCCAGUGGGUUCUCCGGGGUGCUCGAGCUCCAUGGCAAGAUGAGAGUCCAUUAGUCUCCAUUUACACCAUAGGCUACGACACUGAUCACGCGGAAGAUAGUGACUCCGAUGACAGCGACUUUAGCUUUGGUGGCUAUAGCGUAUAUAACUAUAGUGAUUAUAACGACAGCGAACCAAAGCUAUUCCCAAUGGAGGGCGACUUCAAGGAACCGGAUCCUGAGCCCGCUCCUCCUGAGUUCCAAGAUCCGUUCCAAGGAGAUUGCCUGAUCUACACCCCUCAAGAACCCCCCGAGUACCCAAGUUUAGACGCGCCGCCGCCUCGAAAACGGUUCGUGAAUAAGCUUGAGGCUAUUCCGGAGGAUGAUGUGCUUGGAGUGUGUGAUUUCAUCGAGGAUUCCGCAUCGGAAAGUUCCGGUACGAAUAUUUCUGAUCUAUCUCUUCAACGGACUGUGCAAGUAGUUUACCGUUCCGGAUUUGACGGUUCAGGUACCGCAUGUACUAUUUACACAGUUGGUUCUUCUAUUACCGAGGAAGAGGAAGUCACUGACGGCCCCGAGCGCAGGACGAUCUGUUCUAUGUGCGGAGGUCUCGGCCGGAAGCUCCAACGAGCUAAGCAAAAGCUUGCUCGGGGCCUCGAGAAGGUCUCUCCCAAGAAAGUUCUUGGUCGGGCUCAGAGUAUUAAGAAUAAAAUACGCCGGAAAGAGGCGUAGUUAUCUUGAUCAUGUUUCUUUUGUUUUGGUAAACGACGGUAUGAGUCGGUGGAAGAAGGAUAUUGAAACAGGUCAUUGUUUAUGCCUAACCCUUAGUCAUGGCUAUAUAUUCCCUUUGUUCGGCUACUUCGUAAUAGGAGUAUUGUUUAUAGCUUCAAUUAAAUUAUUAUUCUCGAAUGAACUGUGUUUUCGCAAUGGUUU